AGGCCCGGCCGGGCCGGGGCAGCUCCUCAGCCGCACCGCCCUGGCCGGUGCCCAGGCCCGAGUCGCCUUCCGCCCGCCCUCCCCACCCGCGGCCUCAGCCAGGUCCCGCCGCCAGCCCGGCUCCCGCCCCCGCUCCGCCCCCGGAGCCGCAGCCCCGCCCGCCACCGCCGUCGCCAUGUUGUGGCUCCCGCAGCCGGCGCUGGGGACGCGCGCGGCCGAGCCCGGGGCCUGCCGCUGCCGCCGCCGCCGCCAGGUGGUGAUUGGACUCUAGACCAUGUGCCUAGGUAGUUUUUCCUUUCUCCGCAGCUCUACUCUCCCAGCAGCGCUCACUACACCCUUCUUUUGAGAACCUCACUAAGCUCUUGUUAGCAUCCAGCCAUGGGGGAUAUGAAAACCCCAGAUUUUGAUGACCUUCUGGCUGCCUUUGACAUCCCAGAUCCGACAAGUCUUGAUGCCAAGGAGGCCAUCCAGACACCCAGUGAGGAGAAUGAGAGUCCCUUGAAGUCUUCAGGCAUGUGUAUGGAUGAGAGUGUGUCCUUGUCUCACUCAGGAUCAGCCCCAGAUGUGCCGGCCGUGAGUGUCAUUGUCAAGAACACCAGUCGUCAAGAGUCAUUUGAAGCAGAGAAAGACCACAUUGCUCCUAGUCUCCUACACAAUGGAUUUCGGGGUUCAGACCUGCCUCCAGACACCCACCAUGGUGGGAAGUUUGAUUCUACUUUCAUAAAUGGAGACAGUGCUAGGAGUUUCACAAGCAAGCUAGAGACUUCCAAGUCUGAGCCAUUACCUACCUUCAACCAGUUCAGCCCGAUCUCUAGCCCAGAACCUGAGGAUCCUGUCAAAGAUAAUGGGUUUGGGAUAAAGCCCAAGCACUCUGAUAGUUAUUUCCCACCUCCUCCUGGGUGUGGGGCUGUGGGGGGCCCAGUCUUGGAAGCUCUGGGUAAGUUCCCGGUCCCAGAGCUACACAUGUUUGAUCACUUUUGUAAGAAAGAACCCAAACCAGAACCCUUGCCUUUAGAGAGCCAGCAGGAGCAUGAGCGGGGUGGGCCAAAGGUGGCAGGGCCGCCCAAAGAUCUGGAUUCCAGUCGGUUCUUUGGGGAAGCUUUAGAAUUCAAUAGUCACUCCAACAACAGUAUCGGAGAACCCAAGAAGCUUGCCCCAGAGCUUAGUGCUUGCUCCUCUGUGCCCCCUAGGCAGCGCUUGAAACCAGCCCAUUCCAAACUAUCCUCUUGUGUUGCCGCCUUGGUGGCCCUACAGGCCAAAAGGGUGGCCAGUGUCACCAAGGAAGACCAGCCUAGUCACACAAAGGAUUCCUCAGGGCCCAUUAAAGAGGGUUCUAAAAGCAGCCCCAAAAUGCCCAAGUCACCAAAGAGUCCCCGGAGCCCUCUGGAGGCCACUAGAAAAAGUAUCAAGCCAUCAGACAGCCCUCGGAGCAUCUGCAGUGACAGUAGCAGCAAAGGGUCCCCCUCUGUGGCUGCCAGCUCCCCACCAGCAAUUCCCAAAGUCAGAAUCAAAACCAUUAAGACGUCAUCAGGGGAAAUCAAACGGACUGUUACAAGGAUCCUGCCAGACCCUGAUGAUCCCAGUAAGUCCCCUGUUGAGUCACCGCUAGGGAGCACCAUUGCUGAGGCCCCAAGUGAGGUGCCAGGGGAUGAGGGCACAGCCCUGCCUAUGGAAGAGCACUUUUCUGAGGCAGGCAUAAAUUCAGGGAGCCCCCAGGGGGACAGAAAAGGGGAUGAGAGCAUGAUGAAGGCUAGUGACUCGUCUUCUCCCUGCCGCAUCCCUGGGUCCCGGGCCCCAAAAGGAGCUUCCCUGAACUCACAGGCAAGCAAGAAGCAACAGAGCACAGCACUUCAGGCAUCAACCCUGGCCCCUGCCAGCCUAUUGCCCAAAGCUGUGCACUUGGCCAACUUGAACCUGGUCCCCCACAGUGUUGCCGCAUCUGUGACUGCCAAGUCCUCAGCACAGAGACGGAGCCAGCCUCAGGUCACGCAAAUGACAGUGCCUCUGGUUCAUCAGGUGAAAAAGGCCGCCCCUCUAAUCGUGGAGGUCUUCAACAAGGUCCUCCACAGCUCUAAUCCUGUGCCCCUCUAUGCGCCAAAUCUCAGCCCACCUGCAGACAGCAGAAUCCAUGUGCCGGCCAGUGGAUACUGCUGCCUGGAGUGUGGAGACGCGUUUGCCUUAGAGAAGAGCCUGAGCCAGCAUUACAGCCGGCGGAGCGUCCACAUCGAGGUGCUGUGCACGCUGUGCUCCAAGACGCUGCUCUUCUUCAACAAGUGCAGCCUGCUGCGGCACGCCCGUGACCACAAGAGCAAGGGACUAGUCAUGCAGUGUUCUCAGCUACUUGUGAAGCCCAUCUCUGCGGACCAGAUGUUUGUAACGGCUCCUGUGAACUCCACAGCACCAGCGACCCCAGCCGCUUCUUCCUCCCCCAAACCCAGCCCCUCUUCAGGCAAUGCCAGCUCUGCAAUCCCAGCCUUGCCACUUUACCCAGAUCCAGUGAGGCUCAUCCGGUAUGGAACCAAAUGUCCUGAAUGUCACAAGCAGAUGCGAGACUAUAUGGUUCUGGCUGCACAUUUCCAGAGGACAACAGAGGAAACUGAGGGGCUGACUUGCCAGGUAUGCCAGAUGCUGCUGCCAAAUCAAUGUAGUUUCUGUGCACACCAACGGAUUCAUGCACACAAGUCUCCCUACUGCUGCCCGGAGUGUGGUGUCCUCUGUCGCUCUGCCUACUUCCAGACUCAUGUAAAGGAGAAUUGCCUGCACUAUGCUCGAAAAGUGGGCUACAGGUGCAUCCACUGUGGUGUCAUUCACCUGACUUUGGCCUUGCUGAAAAGCCACAUCCAGGAACGACACUGCCAGGUUUUCCACAAAUGUGCAUUCUGCCCCAUGGCCUUCAAGACUGCCAGUAGUACGAUGGACCACAGUAACACCCAGCACCCCACCCAGCCUCACAAACCCUCCCAGCUAAUUUAUAAGUGCUCCUGUGAAAUGGUCUUCAAUAAGAAGAGGCACAUUCAACAGCAUUUUUACCAGAAUGUCAGCAAGACACAGGCGGGUGUCUUCAAGUGCCCUGAAUGCCCACUCCUAUUUCUGCAGAAGCCAGAAUUAAUGCAGCAUGUCAAGAAUACCCAUGGUGUUCCCCGGAACGUGGAUGAACUGUCCAGUCUCCAGUCUUCAGCAGACACGUCCUCUAGCCGUCCUGGUUCUCGAGCUCCUACUGAGCCCCCAGUAACAAGUGUGGCUGCUAGAGGCAGCUCCCUGACUGCUGGUCGUUGGGGCCGGCAGGAAGCCCACCGCAGGGCUGAAGCCAGACCCCGGAUGAGGAGCACUGGUUGGACCUGCCAGGAGUGCCAGGAAUGGGUUCCUGAUCGAGAGAGCUAUGUGUCACACAUGAAAAAGAGCCAUGGGCGGACACUGAAGCGGUACCCGUGCCGGCAGUGUGAACAGUCCUUCCACACCCCCAGCAGCCUGCGCAAACACAUACGCAAUAACCAUGACACAGUAAAGAAGGUCUACACUUGUGGGUACUGCACUGAGGAUAGCCCCAGUUUUCCUCGGCCCUCCCUCCUGGAGAGCCACAUCAGCCUUAUGCAUGGUAUCAGAAACCCUGAUUUGAGCCAGACGUCCAAAGUCAGACAUCCAGGUGGACAUUCCCCUCAGGUGAACCAACUGAAAAGACCAGUCAGCAGAAUGGCAGAUGCUCCGGGCACUAGCAAUGGCGCGACUCUUUCCUCUACCAAAAGGCACAAGUCCCUAUUUCAGUGUGCAAAGUGCAGCUUUGCCACAGACUCAGAGCCCGAGUUCCAGAGCCACAUACCUCAGCACCAGGUGGACAGCUCUACAGCCCAGUGUCUCCUCUGUGGCUUGUGCUACACAUCCGCCAGUUCCCUCAACCGCCACCUGUUCAUAGUCCACAAAGUGAGAGACCAGGAGGAUGGAGAGGAGGAGACUGUGGAAGUGAAAUUGGAAGCCACUGACCCAGAGGCAUGCUCUGGAGAGGAGGUGGCCAUGCAGACGAGGGAGAAUGGACUAGAAGAAUGUGCCAGUGAGCCUUCCGUGGCUGACCUAGAGCCAAGGAGAUCACUAGGCCUGACCCCGGAGGAAGACAGUGCUCAGGGCCCCCAGAAUCCACCACAGGCCUCUCAGGACCAGAACAGCCAUGCGCUAUCUCCUCAGGUGUGACCAGAGGCUUUGUAGCCAUCAGUCAGGCCGUGGCACCCUCCACCUGCUAUGCAGGCUGUGAAAGAAAAAGCGCUGUCCCAGUGUGUGUGGCCACUGUGCUCGGGAGCAGUGUCUAUCCUGAGCUGUAGAUUCUGGAUGUCUCCCAGCAUCCAGAAUCCCUCACAGCUCUGAAUUUGCUUCUGUUAUUUAUGGCUUUAUGCUGCUUCUUGGUACCCCAAUUCUCAUCCGUGUCCUUCCAGCCCCAGGUGGCUGAGGUAGUGCAGCCCUAAUGCUGUCACUCAGUCCUCAGUGGCUGUGUUGUGGGCUCCCUACCUGCUGUGUUCUGUGGGGCCUCCUCAGAGCUCUAUUUCCCUGCAGAGCCCAAGAAGGGGAAUGAAGGAUGCUAGCUGUUCCACUGGGACUCUGCCCAGCCUGGCUUGUUGAGGUCCCUUGCUCACCCUCUCCUUCCUAUCUUCUCUCAUUCUUUUCCCUGGAAACAUCCUGAGGACUUCACGUGUCACCCUGGCUGAUGUCUCUCUGGGUGGGAGAAAUGUCAGCACACUCCUAUUUGGAGCUGAGGAAAGCAUGAAGUAUGGCCAAGGCAGGCCGGUGCUGAGAGCCAGACCCUCUUUGAGAGCUGUGGGUGGGUCCCCCUGCUGCUGCUGUCCUGUAGUCCCUGACAGGUAGGGCGUGGCUUACACAGACAUUGGCAUGUUUGUAUUCUUGCUCCUGUGCCCUUAGAGAGGCUGCUGCCUCAGGCAGGCCAGCCCCUCCUCUUCCUCUCAGCCACAUUCUUAUUGCUCAGACUAUAUUUCAAUAAAAAAGAAAAUCUUAUCAUGCAGGUAGGCUCUUGUAUUCAUGCUCAGGUGAGCUAGCCCUUCCCAGCUCCACCUGAGGCUCUCCCCACAGUGCUCUGACUGUCCCAUCUGAAGGAAAACAGGGUCCUGCUGCCCAUGGAGCUCUAGGCUCUGGAGCCUAUGCCUGGGAAACCAGGGGGCCUGUAUGCCUUGCUUCUCUUGAGACUUCUAAAAGAGGAGAGGGAGGGUGUCAGUACUGGUAAAGAGCCACUUCCAAGAACUCUGGCAUAUUGAUAUUCUCCAGGCAUCUUUCCAUUAAAGGGCUUUUCAGUCCAAAGAGCCUUCGUGAGGGGUCUGUGACUUUGUACAGCAUUUGGAGACAGUUGCCAUUGCCACAGCAAACCCAGACAUGGUAGAGUUAGGGUUAGAUGAGAGGUGGGCCUACCCAAGCAUGAGGGACAGGGUGUGGGAAGGUGUUCUCUGACCCGAAUGGCCUGGGGCUCGGCCUGGCAGAACCCUGUGCAGCACAGGGAAGGGGUGCUGGCUGAGUUCUUAGGCUUGGUCUUUCAAGGGAGGCAUGGAUAUCUAUUAGGAAUCAAGUUGGAUAAAUAUGCAUGGACUUUUCACAAUUGAAAACUUUUUUUGGUUGCUCUAUCAAAUGUCAAAUUUGAAGUGAAAGGCUAAUGGCAGUGGGAAAGUUAGUGCUUGCCUCAGAUCCAGAGAGGCUCUGCUGUCUAUACCAUAUGAAUGAAUGAAUGAAUGAGUGAAUGAAUGAAUGAAUGAAUGAACGAACAUUCUUCCUGGGAGGCCUCUGCCUCCCUGCUUCCCCAGCUGGCAGUGAGAAGAAGACAGCCCUAUUGAGCAAGUCCCAAGCCAACCACUGUCCCUUUCCCAGUUCCAAUCACAUUUCUCUUCAGAUCCUAUCAAUCUUUUACCUUAUGCAGAGGGCUUUGAGCUGUGUAGCUGUAUUUCUUCCCACUCAGAAGCCACAGAACAGAAGAUGGAGAAACUAAGGGUGGAGUCCCUGUCCUCAUGCCACAUCUAGCCUCUUGGAGUGGGAGCACAGAAACUGCUCUGGAAAGCCUGAGCCAUGGCCUGAGUUCUUCCCGCUCUUAACCAGCUCCUAACAGCUCUCCUUACAUGCUUCUCCCCCUCAGCGUAGAACUAGGAAUGCCCAUCAGGCUCCUUCCAGGCUUUCAUGAGGUCAUGAGUGUGCAAGCACUUUCUAGUUUCUAUAAUAGCAUGUGGAUAUGGGGAUUCUGCGCUUCUGCACCUGGAGACAGAGCAUUUCUCAUCUGCUCACUUUUGGAUGUGGGGUUAUCAGUUAGGAAUUGGCCUGCAUGCCUAUCCAUUAUUCAGUGAUGAUGAAGAUAGCAUUUCCAGCCCUGCUCAUGGCCACCAUCUUGUUAACUCUUAACAGAGAUAUUCAUUUAAUCCUCACAAGGAUCUCAGUUAUCCUUAUUUUAUAGAGAAGAAAACAGCCUUAGAGAGGUUGAAUGACAGAUUGUUGGGCCACCUGUGAUGAUGGUGCUGAGUCAAGCCUGUCCACCACUGUGCUACCUUAGUGACAGGGCUGCUCUGGCUGCUGCCAGGCUGUCAGCAGCGUGGAGCCAUCCGAAGCCCACCCACCCUUCUACUCUCCAAAAAGGCAGGGUGCCCCAGUGUCAGGUCCUUCGUGGAGCCCACCAGUGCCUUGCCACCCCCAAGGAGGGCCCUGCAUUUGCACGUGCGGUGUCCCUGCAGCGUUCUAUUCUCACUGGGGUUUACUUUGCUAUCUGAAGGCCCAUCAUCUCUGGAGCAUUGUAGAAGAGGUUAUCUAACUCUCCUGGGGAACACACAGUUCCUUCAGAGUCAGUAUUUCCUGAUUGCUUAUGAUGUCUUUUCAAUGCACUAUUGUUUGUCAUCUGAGGACGCUUGCUGUAACAGGUAUUUCACUGCUGCAGUGGAUUCUCUCCUCAUCAAGUUAGAUAAGAUUCUCUACUCUAGAAACUACCAUCUCAACACACUGAGACUUGACAAAUGACUAGUAUUUAUACUUUAACCGUUCGUUCUGUGUUUGUAAAAUGAUACGCCGGAUUACCAUGAACUAAUUGUUGUAAAGAAUUUGCCUCUUAUGUAAACAGUCUGGAUUUUAAAAACUUAAUGGUUGUAUUGUGUUCCCCUCCCCUUACCCCCCCCCCCACCCAAUUCUACAUUUUGCCUUGCCCCAGACUGAGGAACUUCUGUCCUGUUUGCCAUUGUACAUUCAGCACCAGGUAAUUAAAAAAAAAAUUGUUUGGAAGAAAUAGAUACAUAUACAUUUGACAACAAAGCAUUCAACAAUACAAAUGGAUAUACAAUAAAAAGUAAACUUCCUGAUGGAGGCGAGCCUCCAGUGCCCUCACCAGAGUUCCUCAUUGUUAUCUCUAUCUUGUGUAUCCUUUCAGAGCAAUUCUAUGCAUUUAUGAGUUAUAAAUAUGUAUAUUUAUAUAUCUAUUUUUAAUACAAACAGUAGCAUUCUAUA